GCCGAAGCCCAGGAAAACGCCCCACUUCCGUACCUUCCCGACCAGGCGACCACCGCCUCCGCUCACCGUCGACGACUCCAACUCCAACUCGAAACAAACCCCAAAGCCGACGCCGCCGCCGCCUGCCCCCUGCCCCCGCCGACCGUGCCGAAAACAUGGACUCGCUUCUUGCCACCUACGCCUCUUCCGACGAAGACGCCGACGAGAGCAUCCCCUCACCCGCUCCCGCGACCCGCCGUGGCGAGGCCAGCGGAAAGCCCGCCGGCGGCAUCUUCUCCGCGCUCCCGCAACCCAAGUCGGCGCCUAUCUUCUCAUCGCUCCCGGCGCCGAAAUCCGCCGCGACCUUCUCCUCCAUCCCGCCUCCCAAAUCCUCCGCUUCCUCCGGAAACCCUAAGCGCGUCGUCCAGUUCCGCCCGCCGCCGAUCCGCCAGACCACCGGAGUCAGCUCGGACGAGGAGGAUGAUGCCGAGAAGCGCCGUCCCAGCGCCAGCGAGGCGCCCCCGCCCCCGCCCCUGUCUGCUGGAUCGGGGCCGGUGUCUUCGUUCCUCCCGGCGCCCAGGCACUCGCUUGGGUUCGGAUCCGGCGCGGCCAGGAGGUCGGCCGUAGACACCGCCGGGCCGGAGAGGUCAAAUCUUGGUGCUGCUGGCCCCUCUAGCUCGGCUGUCAACAGAGGAGCGCCAGAAAGGUCUGAUACUGGCCCUGCGGACGAGGACGAUCCUGAGGAAAGCAGCGAUGAGGACGGCAUGCCUGCUCCGGAGCAGGAGCAAGAACAACAGGAUCUUGGUGCUGGAGCUGGAGACGUCCAACACCAGGGUUAUGAUGCUGGAGUUGGAAACGCUAAUGGGUACGAAGGUUAUGCAUGGGAUCCAAACUAUUAUGCAUAUUAUGGUUUGGAUCCGAAUAGCAAUUUGAAUUAUGGGGCUGAACCACAGUAUGCAGCAUAUGGAGUGGAGCAAGGUGGUGGGUACGGUAAUGGAUAUGACGGGGAGCACAGUGGCGGAUACGAGCAUUCGACAGCGCCUCCAUGUGGAGGGGAAUAUACUGGAGGUUACAGUGCUGAGGCAGUGGCAAUGGCAGCGCCACCAAUGCGGGAGCCGGCACUGCCACCAGAAUUGGGCAGGAUUGGAGUGAAGAGAGGUAGGAGGGAUAUGCCUAUGGAGAUUAUAGAGGUGAAUCAGGCAGAACUGGUCAAGAACCGUCCGAGGGAGGACAAAUCCAAGCUCACGGGGAUGGCCUUUGGUCCUAGUUACCAGGCUGCCCCUUCGGGGAAGGGAAAGCCCUCCAAGCUGCAGAAGAGAAAGCAUCAGAUUGGUUCUCUCUUCUACGACCUGAAGCAGAAGGAGAUGGAGCUUUCCGAGAGGCGUGCCAAGGGCUUCCUCACGAAAGCGGAGACUCAAGCAAAAUAUGGGUGGUGAGAAUGGUCACGAAGACAGCCUUGUAUAUCAGAAUCGAGCUGUAACUGUUUAUUCAUCCUGUUGUUUAACAUUUUGUUGUAGUGCCUGGUCAUGUGAACCCGUUGUACGAUUAUAACCAAACAAAUAGUUCGUUCAACCUUUGCUUGUAAACUGUGCAUCAAUUUUUACGGACCAUCUAAAGAAGGCAGCGUGUUCCUGCGA